UUGGCCGUGAGGUGGAUCCACGUUCUACUGCGCGACGGGCCGAUAAACACGUGAUCUUUGGUGUCAGAUAUUUGUGUGAAUUUCUCGAGUUUGGAUAUAUUCCGAAAGCUAAACUUUGGCUGCUUCGGUGUCGUGGUGAUAUUGCCUUUUUUGUGAACUUUGUCGGACUUCUGGACUUUUAAAAAGCUGUACUUGUAUAUUUGAGGUGAUGUCUGAGGUACCAUGGUGCUCAGACUGGCUGUUCGCAGUGGUCCAGGUGUGAGGCAACUGUGCCUAUGACGCCCACACCCGCGCCGACGCCCACGCCCGCCCUCCGUACCCCCACGAUGGCCACGAUCACGCCCAUGUCUCCGCCGCGCCCCGUGCCUGUCAGCCGCCACCACGACCACAGAGACGUCGCCAAGUCUCUCCCUCGAGACUACGGGGCGUCGCUGAGGGACCUGGCGGGCAUGUCGCUCAGCCCGCCCAGGGAUUCGUACCGAGGAUUUACCAGUGUGAGGAACCACCUGGGAGGAUCCUGGGACCAGCUGGACUGUCCCAGGCCGCAGGUGGCUCAGCUCAGGGCAUCGUGGGACCACCUGGGCCCUGUGUGGGACCAGCCCCUCGACGCCACUCUCGAUUUGUCUCGAGGUCCCGACGCCCUUUUGACACACACAUUACGCCCGGCCCGCCACGAGGUCACCAGCCCGAGAGGUCAAGCUCUCGAGGAUGACCCUGCGUCACGUGACCCAGGCGUUCUUGAUCUAGCUUCCCCGCGGGAUUCCGUCGCAGGAGCCAAAGGAUUACUCAACGCCCCCGGCCAGAACAACUGCUUCCUCAACAGCGCAGUUCAGGUUCAUAAGACCAGGAGACUCGGCAGGUCGUUGACUUCUUGCCACCUGGAAUAUAGGAUUGCUCUUGACAGUUCUCAGGCCUAA